AUGAAGAAGCUGGCUCUCUUUCUACUCUUCCUUCUCUUCCAGAACCUGAAACCCGCCUUUUUUAUUUCCCCUGAUGGCCUUUCUCUUCUCUCUUUAAAGUCCGCCGUCGACCAACCUUCUGGCCAGUCAGCGUUAGCCGACUGGAACGAGAAUGACACGACGCCGUGUGCUUGGUCCGGCAUAUCCUGUAUGAACAUAACAGGUUUCCCCGACCCACGUGUUAUUGGGAUCGCAGUUUCCGGAAAGAAUCUCCGGGGCUAUAUUCCGUCAGAGCUUGGGACAUUAAGCUAUCUCCGAAGGUUAAAUCUUCACAACAACAACUUUUACGGUUCAAUACCAGACCAACUGUUCAAUGCCACAUCACUUCACAGCUUGUUUUUGUACGGUAACAAUCUAUCCGGCUUGCUGCCUCCGUCGAUCUGCAAUCUUCCAAGGUUACAAAACCUUGAUCUCUCCAACAAUUCGCUGGCAGGUCCUUUGCCUGAGAAUCUUAAGAAUUGCAAGCAGUUACAGAGGCUGAUUCUAACUCAAAACAAGUUUUCUGGUGAAAUUCCUGAUGGAAUUUGGCCGGAAUUGGAUAACUUGGUUCAACUCGAUCUUUCCUCCAAUGAAUUCAACGGAUCGAUUCCUAGUACCAUUGGAAAGUUAAACUCAUUGUCGGGUGCUCUCAAUUUAUCUUACAAUCACUUGUCUGGUAAGCUCCCGAAAAGUUUAAGUGACUUGCCAGUUACUGUCAGUUUUGAUCUUAGAAACAACAAUUUAAGUGGGGAAAUACCUGAAACGGGGUCGUUUGCUAAUCAAGGACCAACAGCAUUUCUAAACAAUCCUCUUUUAUGUGGGUUUCCUCUUCAAAAAUCCUGUAAAAACUCCAAUAUAAGUCCUUCAAGAAGUCAAAAUUCGGGUCCAAAUUCUGGUGAAAGCCAGAAAAAAGGGCUUAACCCUGGGUUAAUUAUAUUAAUAUCUGCGGCUGAUGCCGCUGGUGUAGCUUUGGUAGGAUUGAUUAUAGUUUAUAUUUAUUGGAAAAAGAAAGAUUCUUCAAAUAGUUGUAGUUGCACUGGAAAAGGCGAGUUUGGUCAUAACGACACAGGGAAGCUGUGUUCUCUAUGUUCCUGUGCCUGCAUCAGCGGGUUUCGAAACGAAGACUCCGAAUUCGAAUACCAUGAAAAGGGAGAGGGAUCAGGGAAAGGAGAAGGAGAGCUAGUUGCCAUCGAUAAAGGCUUCAGCUUUGAGCUGGACGAGCUGCUUAGAGCCUCAGCUUAUGUGCAGGGAAAGAGCGGGCUUGGGAUAGUGUACAAAGUGCUGCUUGGAAAUGGGGUGCCGGUAGCUGUACGGAGAUUAGGUGAGGGUGGAGAGCAGAGGUGUAAGGAGUUUGCGGCUGAAGUUCAAGCUAUUGGGAAGGUUAAGCAUCCCAAUGUUGUGAAGUUGAGAGCUUACUAUUGGGCUCCUGAUGAGAAGCUUCUCAUCAGUGAUUUUAUCUCCGGUGGCAAUUUGGCCAAUGCCAUGCGAGGCAGAAAUGGUCAAUCGUCAACGAGCCUCUCAUGGUCGACAAGGCUGAAAAUUGCAAAGGGAGCAGCCCGUGGCUUGGCCUAUAUUCAUGAAUGCAGUCCAAGAAAAUUUGUACAUGGAGAUGUCAAACCAUCAAACAUUCUCCUCGACAAGGAGUUGCAACCUUACAUUUCUGAUUUGGGCCUCAACAGACUCGUUAACAUCACGGGUAAUAACCCCGAUUCAUCAGGUGGCUUUAUUGGGGGACUCCCUUACAAAUCAAAGCAAACGGAUCGAACCAACAAUUAUCGAGCACCAGAGGCUCGAGUCCCUGACAACCGACCAACCCAAAAAUGUGAUGUCUAUUCAUUUGGAGUCGUCUUGCUUGAACUGCUCACUGGGAAGUCUCCUGAGCUAUUACCAACCAUAUCGACUUCCACGGCAGUCCUAGACCUUGUAAGGUGGGUGAGGAAAGGAUUUGAAGAAGAAAACCCGUUGCCAGACAUGGUAGAUCCAGUGUUGCUACAAGAAGUGCAUGCCAAGAAGGAAGUGUUGGCAGUUUUUCACGUAGCUCUUGCAUGCACUGAAGCAGACCCUGAGAUUCGACCAAGGAUGAAAACUGUUUCUGAGAAUCUUGAAAGAAUUGGAACAUAAGAUGAUACGUUUGUUUUUGUCUGUUCGAAAACAUGGUGGUGUAGGAAGUUCAAAGUUCUACUGAUUUUUGCAAGGGCUCUCCGUUUUUUUGCCAUAGUAAAUUUUGCAAGGUUGUCAAGAUUAACUAUUCAUUCCCCUAAAAAGUCUUCUCAAUUAGGCCCAAAUUUUUACUCAAAAUUCAACCGUUUCUAAAAUGCUUAUAAGAGACCAUAUGUAAGCUAUAUAAAUUCUUGUAAUUUAAAUUUCAGUCCACAUUUCUU